UGGUCGAUUGUCCUCGUGACAACUUCCGCUCACUAGAUUUGAAUUUGGCGUCUGUUCCGUCUGUCCAUUUGAUUUUACACAACAGAAGCGCGUUUGGCUGCCAUAGAUCAAAGCAGAGGAAACUAUGAAUGAUGACACCUGCAAAUUAUUUGAAAGAGUUGCUAAAAAGAUGGGAUGGAUGGAUGAUGGAGGACUGGACACAGCAGAAAAGAAGCUGAAAGCUGUGAUUGGCAAGUCUCGUCAUGGUGCCACAAGUGAUCAAUCAGCCUCGCCUGUCCAGCUUCUCCUCUCUGAGAGUGAAGAUGACCUAGAGAAGGAGAACCAGUACUCAGGGGGCAACGAGUACAGAAAUAAGGCUUUGAUCGAGUCAAGUGAUGAUGACUUUGACCAAUUACUUGCGGGAAGGGCUACUCCAAAAGCUAAACCUACCUCACAGAAACCAAGCAGUGCUGCAAAGAAAAACAGCUCAAAUGUAGUUGUGGUGAGCUCGGACGAUGAAGGCAGUUUUGAGAAAUUUCUGCAACGAGUGAAAACCCCUAACACCAAGCCUAGGAAAAUAUCAGAGAGUGGGAGUGAAGACAGCCUCAAAAACUUCAUAGUGGAUGACUACUUAUCAGGCGAUGACUUUAUUGAGACAAAAUCAUCGACUAAAGUUCCCAAGAAGAGCAAUACUCCAGCAGCCCAGCGUCCAUCGAGGAGACCGUUGUCUGAGUGGAACUCUCCGGUCUUUGUUAGUGACAGUGAGGAAGAAGAUGAUAAUAUUGCGGUCAAGAGCACAUGGAGGACUCGUCACUCAAAGCCUAAGUCCCUGCCAAAGUCUCACAAGAAUAACGAUGCACUGUGUGACCCAGAGGACAGUUCACCAUCACUGUUUCUGCCUCCGGUUCCUUCUCCCUUUGCUCUGCCUCCUCACAAAACUAAAACAUUACUGGCCUCUCCCAAACGUACUCUGUCAGCUCCUCCUAAGCUGGAUGACUCAGCCAGUUCUGAAGAGGAGUUCACAUCCCUACUGGACAGACUGAAAAAGAAAAACAAGCUCCCAAGCACUUCAUUCUCACCUAAGAACAUCAAAGAAUGCAGUAAGGAUCCUCCUGUGUUAGUUCCUCCUGCUAAGGGGCUAACAACACCCAGCUCUAAAUCAUUUGGGGAAACCUCCAAGCUUUUUAAAACUCCAGGGAAACCCACUAUCUUGAAGCCCGUCAGUCAGACAGAGCCUAGACACGGCCCCAGCAGCAGGUUAGCGUUGUGUAAAACCCCAGGUUGCUUCUUGCAGUCCCUCUCAAACCCUGGCACCAGCUAUGGCCGCAGUUUUCGGCAGAACAAGGAAGACCUCACCAGCAAACUCUACCAGCUGUUCAAUACCAGUGUGUUUGAUAGUAAGCUCCCCGUCGAUAUGUCAGUGACUUGGAAUAAGAAGUUGCGGAAAACGGCCGGCCACUGCAUCAGUGGGCAGGAGCGAGGUGGAGGGAGCCGCUACGCUCGCAUUGAACUGUCAGAGAAAGUUUGUGAUUCUGCAGAUCGUCUCAGGGACACACUGAUUCAUGAGAUGUGUCAUGCUGCAACAUGGCUCAUUAACGGUGUAAGGGAUGGACACGGGACCUUCUGGAAGCUGUAUGCUCGCAAGGCCACGCUGGUGCAUCCUGAGCUGCCCAUGGUCACUCGCUGUCACAGCUAUGACAUCAAGUACAAAUUCCAGUACCAGUGCACCCGCUGCCAGAAUACGAUUGGCCGUCAUUCCAAGUCGCUGGACACGCAGAGGUUCGUGUGCGCCCUCUGCACAGGUCAACUUGUCCUACUGACACCUUCCAAGCCGCGUGCUCCCACACCUUUUGCCAACUUUGUCAAAGAGAAUUACGGGACUGUACGACAAGAGCUGUCAGGACAAAGCCAUGCAGAAGUAAUGCGUAAACUUAGUGCCGACUUUGCCUCCAAGACUAAACUCAGUCAAAGUUGAGAUCUGCGGCAGAAAUGGACUAAAACACAAAACCACAGGAAACCUGUUAAAAACUCUUAAAUACCUCAGUGAAGUCGUCUUACAUUAGUGGGCAGCUGUGUUGAUUUAAAAUGAAUCCACCUUUCUGUUUUUCAUGUAAUGUCUGUGUUUGAAAAUGGGAAAACUGCUGUGACUGGAAAAACUGAGCCCAAUCAGCAACUUCAUGUUCAUCUAGAUGAGGGUGUGUCUCUGGUAUCUUGUGUGUGUGUGUGUAUAUAUAUUGGAGAUCAGCUUAUUAAGGUACUGGCAUAUGUGUGCCAUAAAUGUACAGUUACGUUCUUUUUAUAUGUUUGAUUUGGUUUUGUCACUGUGAACUCUGUUAAUAAAGUUUAAAUGUGUUAUUGUAUGUCAAAUGGA